AUGUGUGACGAAGACGUUGCUGCAAUUGUUAUUGAUAAUGGAUCAGGUAUGUGCAAAGCUGGCUUUGCCGGUGAUGAUGCUCCUCGAUCAGUAUUUCCAUCUGUUGUUGGUCGACCACGUCAUCAAGCUGUUAUGGUUGGUAUGGGUCAAAAAGAUUCAUAUGUUGGUGAUGAAGCUCAAUCAAAACGUGGUAUUUUAACACUUAAAUAUCCAAUUGAACAUGGUAUUAUUACAAAUUGGGAUGAUAUUGAAAAAAUCUGGCAUCAUACCUUCUAUAAUGAACUUCGUGUUGCACCAGAAGAACACCCUGUUCUUCUUACUGAAGCUCCACUUAAUCCAAAAGCUAAUCGUGAAAAAAUGACACAAAUUAUGUUUGAAACAUUUAAUUCACCAGCUAUGUAUGUUGCUAUUCAAGCUGUACUUUCACUCUAUGCUAGUGGUCGUACAACUGGUAUUGUUCUUGAUUCAGGUGAUGGUGUUACACACGAUGUACCCAUCUAUGAAGGUUAUGCUUUACCACAUGCUAUUCUUCGUCUUGAUUUGGCUGGCCGUGAUUUAACUGAUUAUUUAAUGAAAAUUCUUACUGAACGUGGUUAUUCAUUUGUAACAACAGCUGAACGUGAAAUUGUCCGAGAUAUAAAAGAAAAAUUAUGUUAUGUUGCAUUAGAUUUUGAACAAGAAAUGGCAACAGCUGCAUCAACAUCAUCAUUAGAAAAAAGUUAUGAAUUACCUGAUGGUCAAGUUAUUACCAUUGGUAAUGAACGUUUCCGUUGUCCAGAAUCACUCUUUCAACCAUCAUUUUUGGGUAUGGAAGUUGCUGGUAUUCAUGAAACAACAUUUAAUUCAAUUAUGAAAUGCGAUAUUGAUAUUCGUAAAGAUUUAUAUGCUAAUACAGUCUUAUCAGGAGGUACUUCAAUGUAUCCUGGUAUUGCUGAUCGUAUGCAAAAAGAAAUAACAGCUUUAGCACCAUCAACAAUGAAAAUCAAAAUUAUUGCACCACCUGAACGUAAAUAUUCCGUAUGGAUCGGUGGUUCAAUUUUGGCUUCAUUAUCAACAUUUCAACAAAUGUGGAUUUCAAAACAAGAAUAUGAUGAAGCUGGUCCAUCAAUUGUUCAUCGUAAAUGUUUUUAA